AUGGCGCCAGCUCCGACGCUCGCCAUCCAGGUCCGCAGUCUCCUGACCCACGCCGUCUCCGCCGGGCUCACGCCCCGAAGCGUUGACGGCGACGGCGACGGCGGCUCGCCCCUCGGCCCGCUCGCCGUGCACAACGCCAUCCUCGCCCGCGACGAUGCCAGCAACAACCAGCCCGAUCCGGAUAAGGGCAUCAUCCACCCGGGCGACAUCAACAACAACGCCAUGUUUGCGCUGUUCGGCAUCAUCGGCGCCGCCUUCGUCUGCCUCGGCAUCUGGUUCUUCUUCUGGGCGCGCAACGGCGGCUUCUACUUCAAGAAGGACGACUGGGACGACUACAAGUCCACCGUGCUGCGCCGCAAGGGUCCCAACGGCACCAUCCUCUCCGGGGCGACGCCGUCGACGCAGCUCGGCGGCGGCAGCGUCUACAAGGACGUGGACGACGGCAGCACCGAGGACGCCACGACGGUGGUCAGCGGCACGACGGGCAUCACGGGCGGGGUGAGCGACAUUGUUGGGCGCGACAAGCGGCGGCGCAAGCGCGAGCAGAAGGAGCGCGAGAAGGAGCGCCGCCGCGAGGAGAAGGCCCGCGAGAAGGAGGAGCGCAAGCGCAGCAAGAGCCGCACCGGCACCGGCACCGGCGGCAACCGCAAGGUGGACGGGAACGGCGAGGUCAUCGACGAGGAGGCCGAGGCCCUGGCCAAGGCGCAGCUGCGCAACUACCGCCACGAGCGCCCGGCGCGCGUCGGCGGCCUGAACAAGGAGAGCGAUGGCAGCGCCUGGGACGGCUCGACCAACCCCUCGAACUCGACCAUGACGGGCACGGAGAGCACCGUCACGUCCGAGCUGAUCAGCAACCGCGAGCGCACGCCCACCAACACGCCCACCAAGAAGUCGAGCGGCGGCAUCCGCAAGGUGUACUCCACUGCCGACAGGACGGCCGACCGCGAGUCGGACCGCAUCCGCGCAGAGGCCCGCAAGCUGCAGGAGAAGGGCCGCUCGGCGCAGCGCCGCGACUUCAGCUUCCAGCGUGCGGAGAGCGCACACAUGCUCGAGGGCCACGGCCGAAGUGACGAUGGAGACUCGCGCGUGCCGGGCAGCUGGGCUGAGAGUGACGUCGGAAGCGAGGUUGGCACCAAGUCCUAUCACCACGUCAUCCCCGGUCUAUCAUCUACAGCGUCUACGAGCGACUAUCAGGAGGAGAAGCGCAAGAAACGGGGUGGGGCGGGUUAUCGAAGGGGCAGACAGGACGAGAUGAGUGAAAUUAGCGAGCGUUAG